AGCACCUCCUGGACGGCAGGUGGCGCGCUUUUUCCUGAGAGUUCGGCAUAAGAGACCAUCGACAAAUCCCGAGCAACGCCGUGCCUCCUUCCUUUUUCCGGUGGAACUCAGACAAGAUGGCGGACGCCGAGCAAAAGAAGAAGCGUACCUUCAGGAAGUUCACCUACAGAGGAGUGGACCUGGACCAGCUCCUGGACAUGUCCUAUGAGCAGCUGAUGCAGCUGUAUUGCGCCCGUCAGCGCCGCAGGCUGAACCGGGGUCUGCGCCGCAAGCACCAGUCCCUUCUGAAGCGCCUGCGCAAGGCCAAGAAGGAAGCUCCCCCCAUGGAGAAGCCAGAGGUGGUCAAGACCCACCUGAGAGACAUGGUCAUCCUGCCCGAGAUGGUUGGAUCCAUGGUCGGCGUGUACAACGGAAAGACCUUCAACCAGGUUGAAAUCAAGCCUGAGAUGAUCGGUCACUACCUGGGGGAGUUCUCAAUCACAUACAAGCCCGUCAAACACGGUCGCCCCGGUAUUGGAGCCACGCACUCUUCUCGCUUCAUUCCUCUGAAGUAAACUGUUGGUUAUGGGUGUGUAAAUAAAAGUGACUUCCAUGCCACAA